AUAAAGUGCUUCAUUCUCUACUUUCUGGUUUAAUUGCUGGUGGUGUAGAAGCAACAAUUACAUAUCCAACAGAAUUUGUGAAAACUCAAUUACAAUUAGACGGAUCAAGUGGAACAAAGAGAUUUAAAGGUCCAAUUGAUUGUGCAUCAUACACAAUUCGAGAUAAAGGUGUCUUAGGUCUAUAUAAAGGAUUAUCUGCGUUAGUUAUAGGUACAGCGGCAAAAGCUGGUGUCCGUUUCUUAACUUAUGAUCAACUAAAAACAUUAUUACAAGAUGAGAAUGGCAAAGUCUCUGGUCCUAGAUCAAUGCUUGCUGGGCUGGGUGCUGGAAUGGUUGAAGCUAUCACUGUAGUAACUCCUACAGAAACGAUAAAAACUAAAAUAAUUCAUGAUCAAACUCGAGCUAAACCACAAUAUAAUGGACUUGUGCAUGGUGUGUCUAAAAUUAUAGCAAAUGAAGGUUUAGGAGGAAUUUAUCGUGGAUUAUUUCCUGUUAUGAUGCGUCAAGGAGCAAAUCAAGCAGUACGUUUUUCAACUUAUUCUACACUUAAACAGGAAUUUCAAAAAUAUUCAGGGCCACCAGGACAACCUUUACCCGCUUUAGUAACGUUUGGUAUUGGUUCAAUAGCCGGAACAGUAACUGUUUAUGCUACUAUGCCUUUAGAUGUUAUUAAAACUAAAAUGCAAGGUUUAAAAGCAAAAGAAUUAUAUAGAAAUAGUUUUCAUUGUGGUUGGACUGUUUUAAAAGAAGAAGGUUUGUUUGCUUUUUGGAAAGGUGCAACUCCUAGAUUAAGUAGAUUAUUGUUUUCAGGAGGUAUUAUCUUUACUGUUUAUGAACAAAUUAUGACAGGUUUAAGAAAAUUAGAUGAAUUAAAAACUUAG